ACGAACUUCAGACAUGGAAACAUUAACCACUCUCCUGUGAGGACAUCAUACUUUCCAUCCUGUAUUUCAUCCUGAAGCAAUCCUCUAAAAAAGGACCUGCAACAAUGUCAGAGAGGAAGCCCAAAAACUCAGACACACGUCCCAAGAAUCUUCGGAGCUGGAGUGCUGAUAGUUACAUCCGCAGUAUUAAAAAGCGUUCACGUGCGUCUUGCCAUGAGCCAGCGCCCAGAGGGAAAGAAGGGGAAGCAAUGGAUGACCAGAGCGUGCGUUCUUCCUCCUGUCCCAGGAGACGACGAGAGAGAAAAUGCAGUUGCACGAUCCCAGGAGAAAUGGAUUCAGACUCUCCAUGUAGAAAAGGCCUUUCACGCCGAUCUCUGAGACAGAAGUUUCAGGACGCUGUCGGCCAGUGUCUCCCUCUUCGCAAUCAUCACCACCAAUCUGGUUCCUCAUGUCCAUUCUCCGUCCUACUUUGGUCCAAACGAAAGAUUCAUGUUUCUGAAUUAAUGGAGGAUAAGUGUCCCUUCUCACCUAAAUCUGAACUAGCUCAGUGUUGGCAUUUGAUCAAGAAACACGGCACUCACACUAAACCCUCUUUAAGCAUCGAAGCAGAACCCAAAAGGCCUUUAUUAUCUUCCUCUCCUCCAGCACUCAUUUCCUGGGAGGAGAUCAGUUCUGCUGGGGCUUCUAGUCUGGAUGACUGGGAUCCGUCUUUUCCACAUGGGGAUGCCCAGUGCUGUGCUCACACUGACUAUAUCUUGGUGCCUGACCUUCUUCAGAUCAACAACAGCCCUUGUUAUUGGGGUGUUCUGGAUCGCUUCGAAGCUGAGCAGCUUUUGGAAGGGCAACCUGAAGGGACCUUUCUGCUCCGAGACUCUGCCCAGGAUGAAUACCUCUUCUCGGUUAGCUUCAGACGUUAUAGUCGCUCCCUCCACGCUCGGAUAGAACAAAAUGGGAAACGCUUUAGCUUUGAUGGCCGUGAUCCUUGUAUGUACAGAGAUCCCAGUGUGACCGGCUUGCUGAAGCAUUAUAGUGAUCCUGCCGCAUGCCUAUUUUUUGAGCCUCUUCUCUCUCGCCCUCUACCAAGAAACUUUCCUUUUUCUCUGCAGCAUAUGUGCAGGGCGGUCAUCUGUAGCUGUACAACUUAUCAGGGUAUUGACGCCUUGCCUUUACCUUACACUUUGAGGCACUACCUAAGGCAGUAUCACUAUAGAUGUAAUGGGGCUUGUGCUAUUUGAAAACUGAGACAAAAGAUGGGACAAAAUGGCAUGCUGCUUAAU